AAGAAGGAGGAGGAGGAGGAGGAGGAGGAGGAGGAGGAUGGAGAAAUUGAAAUCUGUGGUACCGAGUAACAUAAUGCGAAUGAUCUCUGAAAGCACUGCUGAUGACCUUCCUUCUACAUGUUCUUCACUUCUUGAUUUUUUCCUCUCUCUACAGUUGUUUCACGAUGUUGUUCGAGAACUAACGGAUCCGGAACUGGGUCUAUGUCGUAAGGACGCUGGAGCUGCUUUGGAUUUUAAAAAGAAAGGGAAUGAGUGUUUUGCUUCUGGAGAUUAUGCAAAAGCCUUAAGUUUUUACUCUCAGGCAUUGCGGUCUGCUCCGAUGGAUAAAGGUGAUGAAACGGACAAGAACUUGGUUCCGACCUUGUAUGUUAAUCGAGCUUCUACACUGCAUAAAAUGGGCCUUACAGUUGAGAGUGUACGAGAUUGCAAUCGAGCUGUUGUACGUCUUCCUUCCUACACAAAGGCAUGGUAUAGGAGAGGGAUGGCAAAUGCUUCUAUGGGAAACUACGAGGAUGCAAUCCAGGAUCUAGAUAUUGCUAUGAACAUGGAACUUUCCUCGGGUGGAAACAGUAAAAUAAAAGAGGAACUUGAGAUAAUUAAAAAACAAAGUCGCAGAGUAAAGAACUCACCUAAGAAGGCCAGCAAUAUGAAUUGUAGCUCCAUUGUAGAGCGAUUCCAGACGAAACUAAAAUGUGUUUCAACAUCAACCAAGGGAAGGGGUAUUGUUUCAACAGUUGACGUUUCUCAGGCCUCAUUGAUUCACUUUGAGGAACCUUAUGCUGUGAUUAUAACGAAAGCUUGCAGGAAAACUCAUUGCCAUUUCUGCUUGAAUGAACUUCCAGCAGAUACUGUUCCCUGUUCAUCGUGUUCAAUGACACUAUACUGUUCUCAGUAUUGCCAAGAGCAAGCAAUUGGUCAAAAGCCUGGGAUUGAUCUAAACGUUAUUCCUGCUUUAGGAAAUGUAUCAACUGAUCUUAAGCGAUAUGUUGAGAGGAUCUCAUUGGAGAACAACUCUGGACACCCUGUUGCUGAUUCAAAUCCUACCUGGGUGGCUGAACACAGACAUGAAUGUGGCGGUGUACAUUGGCCAGCAGUGUUACCUGCUGAGAUAGUUUUGGCAGGUCGAGUUCUAGUAAAAAAAAUAGAGGCGAAGAAGUACUCCAAGGGGGAUGUGGAUUCACCCAAAGCUUUGGAGCUUUGUCAUAACUAUGGAUGCAUGACUCCAGAAACCAAGUUGGAGAUACAUAUAUAUGCUAUUGUUCUCACUUACUGUCUUCAGCUAUCUUAUGCAGAUGAAGUUUCACUGAGUGGGUUGUCGCAGUUGGCGGUACUGAUAUCUCAAAUCAAGGUAAACUCUAUGGCAGUUGUUCAUAUGAAGUCUCCGGAUGCAUGUGAACAAGGAAAGCACAGUGGAGGUCUUUCACCUAUGGAUAAUACAUUAACUAAUCAAAUAGAACAGGUGAGAGUAGGUCAAGCUAUUUAUUCAACUGGUAGUUUGUUUAACCACUCGUGUCAGCCAAAUGUGCAUGCAUAUUUCUUAUCGCGUAGUCUGUUAAUACGAUCAACAGAAUUUGUGGAGGCUGGGUACCCGUUGGAGAUAUCUUAUGGCCCACAGGUUGGGCAGGGGGAUCUUAAAGACCGGCAAAAGGUUCUAGAAGAUCAGUAUUCAUUCAGAUGCCAGUGCAGUGGUUGCUCAGAAUUAAACCUCAGUGACAUUGUUAUCAAUGCUCUGGCAUGCGUCAAACCCAGCUGCUUCGGCGCUGUUGUAGAUAGAUCGAUGGUCAAUGGCAAGAGACAGGGAGCUAACUGGAUACAAGACGUUUCCACAAUUAGCUGCUUGGAGCAGCCUCUUCCAAUUGACAAGCAGAAAAGGGACGACGUUAGUGAAGUGGCACAUCUCUUGUUUGAACACAAGGAUGGCCUGGAAACAGAUCUUGGGUAUUGUUUGAAUUGCCGUUCCUAUCGUGAUUUGGAAUCUUCACAAAAAGCAAUUAGGCAAGCAGAGAUUAACAUCAAGAGGUUGCAGAGUAGAGUGACUACAGGGAAGUUAGAUCGUCGUAUAAUUUCGGAUGCUUUGGGAUCUCUUGAUAUCCUGAGGUUAACAAUGCAUGCAUACAACAAGUAUAUUGCACAGGUGGAGGACAGUUUUGCGGAGGCAUUUUGUUCAAUUGGAGAUUUUCAGUCUUCUGUGCAGCAUUGCAAAGCGUCCAUUAAGAUCCUUGAGAAGCUUUACAACCCCAACCACAUUGUUAUUGGAAAUGAGUUGGUGAAACUUGCAUCUCUUCAGCAAUGCUUGGGUGAUAAUACCUCUGCACUGGACAGCAUAAAUCGUCUGGAUGCAAUAUUUUCACUUUAUUAUGGAUCUCAUGCGGCCAAAGUAGUUCCAUACUUAAACAGCCUCAAGCGAGAAGCUAGCAAGCUUCUUCAGCUAGGGGACACAGCCAGUUCUUCUGAGUCUAAUUGAGGGUAACAAGUCUCUAUGUACCUUUCACCUCACUGGUUUUUGUAUAUUACCUUGCAAGCUGCUUGUUCAGUAAAGGGGACUCAUCAUGUUCUUCAGAUUCUAGUCUAGGGUACCAAGUUCCUGCGUAGCUUCAUAUUUCACCUGCUUGAACAUGUUUAUCUUAGCUUCAUAUUUCACCUGCUCAUGAGCAAGUCAGUUUUUCAUACUUAGACAAAACGAUUUAUGUAAAUAUGUAAAACAGUUGUCCCCUAUUCCAAUGCUAUAACUUAUAAAGUAAGUAGGUAACCGUA